AACCCGUUGCUUAGAUUAUUUUGUCAGUCUAGCAAGUUGGGUCUUUUCCUGCGCGCGCGUGUGUAACAGUCAACCGACAAAUUCGACUACCAGAUGGCAACUGGUACAGCUAGCGCUAGUUCAUCAGGAUGGGCAGGACCGAUGGAGAAGCGGCUCCUGAAAGCAGCCAUCGUUGGUGAUGCCAGAUCAAUGAGGGACAUGGCUGCACAGAAUCCAGGCAUAUUGCAUGGAACAACUCCUCAAGGGAACACCUGCCUGCACAUCUCCUCCAUCCAUGGCCAUGAGGGGUUCUGCAAGGAAGUGCUGCCGCUAGAGCGGCAGCCUCUUCUCGCUGUUGCUAACUCGCAUGGUGAGACACCACUGCUCACCGCCGUGACAUGCGGCCAUGCAUCUCUGGCUUCUGUUCUACUCGGGUACUGCCGCGCGAAAGGAUUCAGCGAGGCAAUUUUGAGACAAGACAAUAAUGGAUGUAAUGCACUGCACCAUGCCAUUCGCAGCGGACACAAGGAUCUUGCGCUGGAGUUGGCAGCAAAAGAGCCUGCGCUGUCGCGAGCUGUGAACAAAUACAAUGAGUCACCCAUGUUCAUCGCGGUGAUGAGAGAUUUUACAGAUAUUUUUGAGAAACUGUUGGAAAUUCCUGAUUCUAGUCAUGUUGGAACUUACGGCCACAAUGCCUUGCAUGCUGCUGUGAGAAAUGGGAAUGCAGGUAUUGCUAAAAGAAUUGUGGAGGCGCGUCCUUGCCUUGCCACAGAACAAACCAAGGAUGGGAAGACCCCAAUCCAGCUGACUGUACUUUGGGACAUGAUAGACGUGCUACGUGUACUGUUGGAACAUGAUGUGUCUUUAGGGUAUCAAGCAAGCAAUAGCGUUGUUGCUCCUCUGAGCCCUCUUCUUGUUGCUGCCGCAUAUCGAGGUCAUGUUGAUGUUGCUCAAGAGCUUCUUAACCAUUGUCCAGAUGCUCCCUAUUGCGACGAAAAUGGUUGGACAUGUCUCCAUCAAGCUGUAGACGAAGGUCAGACGGAGUUCGUCGAAUUUAUCCUGAGGACACCACAACUUCGUAAACUUGUUAACAUGCGAGAUAAGAAUGGACAAACUGCUCUACAUCAUGCUGUCCGGAAGUGCAAUCCAAAAAUCGUUGCUUCGUUGUUGUUCCACAAAGACAUAGACUUCACAGUGUAUGAUCACAAAGGUGGUCAGUCGGUAAUUUGGCAGUUAUGGAAGGCCUCAGAUCAUGCCAAAACUUUAAACUGGAAUGAAGUGUCCAGGCUUAUGAUGAAAGCUGAUCCCAAAGCUGCAACCACACUCCAUCAGGUAACAAAGAAAAGAGUAACUUAUGAAUCAACAAAGGAUGUUAAGUCACUGACUCAAACAUACACAAGCAACACUUCACUAGUGGCUAUGCUCAUUGCGACGAUAACCUUUGCCGCUGCGUUCACCUUGCCUGGAGGAUACAGCAACGAUGCUGGAAGUGAGGGACUGCCCGUUAUGGCAAAGAAGUUAGCAUUUCAGGCAUUCUUGAUUUCUGACACCUUAGCAAUGUGCUCCUCGCUUGCCGUCGCUUUCAUAUGCAUCCUAACAAGAUGGGAGGAUCUUGAAUUCUUGCUUUACUACAGAUCCUUUACCAAGAAGCUUAUGUGGUUUGCAUACAUUUCAACCAUUGUGGCAUUCGCAACUGGUUUGUACACAGUACUAGCACCUCGUGUCCAGUCGAUGGCUAUUGGAAUUUGUUCCCUUUUAGUUUUAAUGCCCAUUCUUACUAAGCUGCUAGGUGAAUGGCCGGCCUAUCUUGAAGCUCAGAUUUCGGUUGGGUCAAACUUUUAGUAAUAUGGUUUGAUAUCAUCAACUUGUCUUAUCAGUUCUGUAUUUUUACACUAUUUGUAAAUUUCUAUGUAAUGUACUCUAUAUUGUAACGCAUUUGCUGAGCAUCAAAUUGAACAGGGGUGCAAUCAGAACUUUAUAUG